AUCCACAUGUAACAUGCGACACGAGUCCCAACGACGGCGCACGUAGACUCAAAACAACAAAACGCCGCGUCCGCAGUCCGCCGGUCACCCAUUUCAAACGCGAAACCCGACUCGAUUGACGUCACCGUUUUUUCCCUUUUUUUUUCGUGUCCACCUUAAUCCGGCGGCCGCGUGUCACGCCUUCCAUUACUGCGCGGACCCUGACAGCAGCGGGCUCUCGGUUUCAGCCUGCAGGUGCAGCAUCGCCGUAGAAACAGGAAGACGGCGGAGGAGCACUUGUGUUGCGAACGGCACGCUCACGCACACGCACACGCACGCACGCAACCCCCGCGGCUCACACCGAAGCCAGCUGCGCCUCCGAGGCCACACGGGCACAAUAAGCGACCGCAGGGCGCCACAGGGUAGCGAGGAGCGCAGAAGGCAAUCCCCGAUCCAUCUGCCAGCCACUCAGCGCGCGCUCACCAGUCUCCAGUCCGGAUUUCGAGCACAGCUGUCCAGCCGAUACCACCAGGAAAAUGUCUGCCCCAGCUGGAGCCCCUGCACCAGAGGGAGGGAAUCAGCCCCCCAACCUCACCAGCAACCGUCGUCUGCAGCAGACGCAGGCACAAGUGGAUGAGGUGGUGGAUAUCAUGCGUGUAAACGUGGACAAGGUUCUGGAGCGUGAUCAGAAGCUGUCAGAACUGGACGAUAGGGCUGACGCCCUGCAGGCUGGAGCCUCUCAGUUUGAGACCAGUGCUGCUAAACUGAAGAAUAAAUACUGGUGGAAGAAUGCCAAGAUGAUGAUUAUCAUGGGUGUGAUAUGCGUGAUUAUCCUCAUCGUCAUUAUUGUGUACUUCAGCACCUAAGAAGAGUUGCUCCUACCCCAGUCUAAUCCUUCCUUGCUACAGAAGAAAACCCCUUAAAUUAAUAACAAAAUUAACCAUGAUAACCCAUUUAUUAUAUAUAUAUAUCCCGAUUAGCUUCGAUAUAUAUUCAUCCUAAACCUUCAGGGCGCCAUGGCUCCCCCACUUCCACCACCUCGCCUCCGGACCCCCGUCGAUAUUUGUCCCGUGAGUGUGUGGCCCUCUCUCCUUUCUGGGUACUCUUGGCUUUUCUAACCUGCCAUACUGAGAACCAAACACUUGUGACGAUGCAACAACAGAAAAGGAAGCAAUGAUUGGCGAUAAUUGUUACAUAACUGAUAUAUAGUUCUUUGUAGAGUUUUAUUCUGAUAUAUACUGUUUUGUAGGUGUGUGUGUACGUGUGUGGGUGUGUGUGCGUGUGUGUGUGCUUUUUGUAUUUUUUAAUUUUUUGUAUUAAUUUUACGUAUGCUUCAGCGUUAACUACUGCCUAUUAAUCAAAGUGUGUAUCCUGCAUGUGAUCAUCAUCGGUCCGUCCCCGUGCUUACCCCCUCUUUUCGAUGUAUUUUUACUAAGUGGAUUUUUCUGUUACAUCUGAUACUCGUGUCCACUGAGAAAGUCCAAAAUAAGCCACAGAACUAAAUCUUGUUCUGAAAGGAUAACAUAAAAUUACCAAAAUUUGAGCUAUUACACAGACACAAUUUCCCCUGAGAAUGCCGCAGGUUAAUCUUACCUCCGCUCCAGAUUUCUGUGACUUGAUGCCGUCGAGGAUUUCAAGUCUUCGCUUCUUUGGUGACUUUCUGAAUUUGAGUUAAUGCUCAAUCAUAUUGAUCAAACGUACAAAUAAUGCAUGAAUUGUUUAACUUAUUCCUAUUAAUCAUUAUUUUACAGCCCUCUUCAUCUGAGUGUCUCAUUUCUCUCUCUCCAUUUCACUCUAAAAACUCAUUUUUAACUCCCCAUCACUUAUGUCCGUCAGCAUGCUUGAACACCUCAAUUUCUUCUGAACAUUUCUAAAACUGCCAUAGUACAGUCGGACCAAUGUCUGUAGAUGUUUCUUUUUCAUUUAUAUAUUACGUAGUGUCUUAUUUCGAAAACAUUCCUUCAUUGCAAUUUAGUGCAAAUGGUCUUACCGUAGCACAAGUAAGUGUAAGUAUCUUUAAAAAAAAAUAAUACACGUGAUGAAACUUUUGUGGAAAACGUCGGUCAUACAAACCAUAGGGAAAAAAAAUUGUGAAUAGCAGUGAGGGUACAUUCUGGAUCGAUAGGAUUAGACUUUCAAUCUGUCCAAAUUAUUUUCUUUUGUAAUAUGAGUGAUGUUCUCUUAACAUUACACGUAGGUUACAGUAUACUGUGGAGAAGUCAUUCAUGUCAAACUGUGGAUAUGGGCUGAAAAAACCCAAUUCUAAUGCAUAAAAGGGGGCUGUUGCCUAAAUCGAUUAGUUUCCAUAAAGCAAAGGUUAAUCCUUACUGGCCUGUUACCUGCGUGGACACUGAAAAGCCUUCGUCUCCAGGCACUUCUAUUGGUUAGCAUAGAACAUUACCAGUCAAACCUACCUUCCAACUUUUAGUCCGUGCGGGGGGGUGGUGGUUGACUGAAGAAAGGAAAUCUGUUUAAAAUGCACAAACAAUCUUGUUUUUGAUGGCGCUGUCUGGCUGGUCAAUAGCCUGGCCGAAGGCGAUCCUCAUGCAGCAAAACCUCUCCACACAAAGAGCACAUAAAGGAAAGCGAUCAUUCAGCCUUAUUUGAAAAUCCAGGAACAGGGACAGUUGGUCAAGUAACUUUGGGGUAGGCUCAGAAAUGUACUGUCAAAGGUCAGCGAUAAGCAGCGCGAGAAGCACUUCUAUAUAAAAAAAAAUAGUGGCACUCCUAAAAAAAGAUUGUCUUUGCCAGCGCGGUGGUUCUGUCUCAGUGUGUCUCCCUAUAGUUAAGGCCUUUUUUCUUUUUUAAAUACAAUAGAUUCUAUUUUUAUUAUAGUAUAUUUUUGUGUGAUACAGACAGGUAAAGAGGAAAUGUGCAAUCAGUACCAUUUGCUGCAGCAGCAUUUAAACUCCUCUUCACCUCAGUCUGGUGUGUUUUUUGUAAUUCAGCUCUGUGCGUUAUACACUGCCAAGCAACAAGGAGGAGGCCUCUAUUCUUAUUGCAGAUUUCUUUCAUUGGUGCCCAAGCUGGUUUGGUCUUAAAACAUUAUUUUACAUGUUUCUGGCAUCUUCUCCUGUGUGUACUACUUGUGGCUACUUCAUGAGCAGGAGAGCAGGGCAAUACGGUGCACUUGUUUGGGUUUUCUUUAGUGCUCAGUCAAACUGAGGCCUUCUACAUAUGAACACAAGAUGACAUAAACCCAAAAGGAAAACUAUUUCACUUUCACCUUUGGAAUAUUCUUAUUCACAGUGUUUGCUUGUGCGAGCCUGCAAUGCUGAACAGGAAGCAACUUAACUCGACUCAACUAAACUAAAAUGUAUCAAAUGUUCUUAUUGUAGGCAGGAGAGAAAAAAACCCACAACAACAUAUGAAAACAAGUGUGUGUAAAGCCUUAGUUGCCUUGUCUCUUUUCAACAUGACUUUUUAUCUUACCCACCAGCUGAGUAAACCGACUUGCCCCCCUUUGCUCAACUCACUGAUUCAGAAUCCUACAGUGUGUGUGUGUGUGUGUGUGUGUGUGCGCGUGAGUGUGUGUCUGUGUCAGCGCAGGUGCAUUAAUGUGUGUGUGUGUGUGUUAGAAUAGCUCUGUCUUGGGAAUAUCCCCAGUUUAUCCUGACAGAUUAGGCCGCUUAAAUCCCAGAGCGAGGGCACGUUGUUUCCUUGACCACUGAAGUACACAAGCAGAUUUACCGGCCAGCUCUAAUAAGGAAGGACCCUAACCGUAAUAACAACAACCCCCUCCUCCCCUUCCCAUGUUUUCUUCCAAGUAGAGUGAAACUAAACUGCAGAAGAUUACCAAAGACCAGAUUUCCAUGCUUAUGCUGCCAAUUGCCAUCAAAAACAAGUGGAGAGAAACAGGUUAUCCAAACUAUCCCAAAAGUCUGUUUUAAAUAUUGUUACCCUAUUUAUCCACAGAUGACAGGACCUUUUAACUAUUGCACACUAUUCAUAUGGUGUGUCAGUUUGGCCGGUGAGUGUGACAUUUAAACAUAUGCAAGUUAAUCCCAAAACACUUUAAAUAUCAAAUACAGCCUGCCCCACCAGGCACAUCUGGGUCCGAAGGGCCUCUUUGAUCUGAACCAAAUUUCAAGACACGUGAUCCUAUUUCUAAUGAUAGCACAAUUCUUCUUUUUUGUCUCCAUAGUGCUGCCAAGUUCUAAAAUUAAAAGACAUUUGAACUUACUAUAUGCUGUCAAAAAGAACCUAGAAAAACAUGAUAAAAAUCUGCGUUGUUUGGUGUUGUAAUAUGGAGGUGUUUUGGGGGUUUAGGGGGUCCUAUAUCCUCAGGUUUAAGGUAUUAGCAAUGUACCAAAAUAUAUAUAUAUAUAUAUAUAUAUAUAUAUAUAUAUAUAUAUAUAUAUGAGGACAAAGCUAUAUAAGCAAAGUAUAAAAUUGUUUUUUUUGGCAAUAGAAAAUCUUUAUAGGGUUACCAAUGGGGUCAUUUGAGCCGUUCUUUAGGAGUUAACCACAAAGUGGGCUGAAGUGAAAUAACACAACUGAUUGGGGUAGGGCUUCUGUGUUAUCCAUAAAUCUGUGAUCAACCAAUUUGCUCACAACGGUGAAAAUGAAGUAAGAGCUCUCUUUUCUCUGUUGCUUUACUGUCUGUUUGAAAAGAAGUGCAGAUAUAUUUUACCACCGUGCCAUUUUUUUCUGGUGUGAUUCAUUCAUUUUGGUAGGAUGGUAACGUGAUUCGGUGGAGAAUAUUGUGAAUUAUGUCAACCUCAAGAAUCGUUCAGCGAUCUCAACUUAAAUGCUGUGUUCAGUUCAUUUGGGGGGGGGGGCGAUGCAAACUCCAUCCAAUAAAACGUCUUCAGACCCUCUUCCAGUUCUGAAACAUAACUUGUGAUUCAAACUUGGAAGAAAAAAAUCAAAAAGUAAGACACCAAUUGAACAUCCAAACUUUCACCAAAGCGUCAUGUGACAUGUGCAGAUCAGGAAGCGUCUACCGUCAACCCCAAAUGACAGGAAUGCAGCAAUAGGAGGGAACCUUUUGAGUCUCUGAAUGUGCGAUGGAUGGUUAUAAUAGUACAAUAUUCUACUUAAUAUGUGUUAUAUUUUCGGACCAAAUAUUGUGUUUUUCUUUUGCAUCAAUUUAGUAAUAACUCCAGAUGUCACUGAAUUGUUUGUAUGUAAACGAUGAUGAUGGGUAAAGGUAAAGAAAAUGGGAGCUAAAUGGGGGGGAAAAAAGUGUUUUUACCUUCAAUUGUCCAGAAUGCUUAGAAUGAUUCUACAGUUUACAUCAGACUGCUGUUUGUAUCUACAAGAUAUAUUUUUCGUUUAAAUCGGUUCAAGUAAUUUUUUUAGGAAAGAUUUUUAUUUCUCGUUGGGAAAAGGGUUUCAGGGAUAGAGGCCCAUAUUGCCCCUGGUCACCUGGCCCAACCGGAGGGACCGGACUGGAGUACCACGGGCAAUGUGCUCAGUUUUAUCAUACUUUUUUUUUUUCUUUUUCUUUGGUCUUAUUUAUUGAUAGAUUUAUUGUGCUGUCGUUUUGUAUGGGAUAGAAGAGGGUUGACUCAACGUAAAGAAAAGGAGACUGAAUGAAAAACGGAAGUACAUAAAAUAAUUGUAGUGUAAAUCUAUCAAUGUCUUAUUAUAUUGAUGAACAUCAUGAAAUAUAUGUAUAUUGGAAAAACAGUACCUAUGACAACUUGUACGUUUGUGUGUGCUUCACGUGCUUUGUGGGUGUGCAGCAAUGGGCAGAUGCAAUUUUGACUGCAAUUCUGGGACCUUAUGUGACCUGUACCAAUUCGCAUAAAUUUAUUAUCAAUACAAA